AUGGGCUUGAAAUUUUGUGUAUUUUUGCUCCUUCAUUGCUGGGUUUUUCUGGGUUUUAGCUUGGGAGCUCAUUCUGAGGAGGGGUCUGAGGUGGCUGUGAAAUUACUGAAAACCCCUCGUGCAUUAUCCAAUAGAAACUCAGCCAUUUUUGUUUUUCAAGCUGUGAGGGGCGCCAAUGGCGGCCUUUGCUCUGAUUGUGCCACCAAUUGUAAGCUGGAUCAUGGCAUGUUCUCAGCUUGCGAAGGUCGAAAAGUUUCGUAUUCGAAAUUAUUAGAAGGGAAUCAUUUCUUUGAGGUGUGCCUUAACGGGUCUACACGAGCUGCCUGCACCAGCUACAACUGGACUGUUGACACAGUGAGGCCCACAGCUCACCUUACAGCCGAGACAUCCUUUACGAAUGCUUCUCGUACUUCGGUCAAUAUAUCCUUCAGUGAAGCUUGCCGAGGUUUCAAAUGUUCUUCUGUAAAUGCAUGCAAUCUUCUUGUUUAUGGUCCCGGUGAGGUCUUGCCUAGUACACUCGACAUCAUACAACCGAUCUUGAAAUACUCGAUUACGGUAAAAGUGUCUGGAGGAGUUCGAAACGGACGUUUAAUCUUAGUGAUGGAUAAAAAUUUCUGUACAGACUCUGCAGGUAACCAGUUCAUAAGGACAGAGAAUUCGAGCUUAUUCAUACAUUUUGAUAGAAGGAGUGUGCAUGUGGAUAUGAGGACUCACGUGCCCGAAAGGCUGCUUCAACUAAAUAGCGACACUCGAACUGUAUUAGCAACAAACAAAAAUAAAUACUUGAAAGUGUACUUAUAUUUUACCGAGCCAGUACUGAACUCGUCGGCCGAGAUCUUGAAUUCCCUCAAAUUAAAUCAAGGCUCGCUCGUCCCUAUAAAUGGGAGUACGUUUGGACAGCGAAGAUUUGGCUAUCAGCUUAUGGAUAUUUCAGAUUUGGCCAUUGUAACUGUAAGUCUUCAGUCGGAUAUGGUGAUUAGCAGACAAGGGACACCGAUUUCUCCAGUUCCUCCUGUAUCCUUUUUAUAUGAUACCGAAAGACCCACUGUCAAGCUGAGCACGACAUGUAACAUGCGGACUAAAGAGAAAACUGUUCCUAUUCUGAUCAAAUUCGUGAAGCCAGUGUUCGAUUUCAAUUCGUCUCACGUAUCGAUUUCAGGGGGUCAUUUGCAGAGUUUUCAAGAAAUGACAAGGAGCAGCUACACAGCACAUAUACAAGCAGAAAGUGAUACAAUUUCAGUCAGUAUUCCUGAAAACAUUACAGCAGAUAUUUCUGGAAAUCGAAAUCGAGCCUCUAAUACUCUUCAAGUGAAGCACUAUGCUGUACCUGUUGAAUCAUUUGUUCUUUCGUAUUUCGUUACGGCUACUUUUGCCUUAACUGCUCUAAUAUCCGGUUCUUUAACUCUUUCGACCACAAGCUUGCUAUUAGCUGGCGCAUUCUCUAGACCAAGUUCUAUCUUAUGCUUCGAUCCUGCACGAAAUCUUUUCAGAAUAGCUUCCCACCUCCAAGUGUUUGCAUUUUCAAGAUGGCUUCCAGUCACCUUGCCAGUCGAAUAUUACGAGCUCACGAAAGGCCUACAAUGGAGUAUUCCUUACUUCAACCUCCCGUGGGAAAAUCGAGGAGAUUAUUCAGUCAUGGUGGGGUCAAAUUCCCCGAAAGAUCGACUAUUUCGUGUUUACGAGGGCCUUCAGCCGGGAGCUGUAAAUAUAAAUCCGGCAGGGAAAGUUUUCGGUUUGCCUCUGACUCCAAUCGAGUACAGAUCAUAUUUCGAGAGCCAGAAUAUCUUGCCCGAAGCUGAUUACAUUUUAGACCCACAAAAUUCACAUGGGUGGAGAGAUUUUAGCCGAAGCAUGUUUUGGUUGGCAAUAAUCUUUGGGAGCUUGUUAAUGCUGCACGUUAUACUGCUCGCGAUCCUUAAAUUCAGAAAGCAGAACAAGGAAAAAGAAAAACAAAGCUAUGGAGCACUCAUUUUCCCAAGAUUCGAAAUUUUCCUUGCAAUCCUCGCACUCCCUUGCAUUUGUGAAGCUUCGGCAGCUUUAAUAAAAGGAGCAUCAUCUUCGGGUAUGAUAGUUGGCGUACUCUUACUAAGUUUAGUAGCAUUUUUGCUACUCUGCUUGCUUUUAUUCCUUUCGUUCGGAAUAACAUUGGGGAAGCUACUCCAAUACAAGGAAGUUCAUCAAAUGGGCCGAAAAUCCCACUGGUACCAAGAGCUUAUCCGAGUCACUUUAGGCCCUGGCAAACGAGGCCAAUGGACGUGGAAAAACGAGCCGAAAUCGAUGUACCUCGCCAUUCUAGGCCCAUUUUUCGAGGACCUCAGAGGCCCGCCAAAGUACAUGCUGUCCCAAAUUUCGGAAGGUGGCAGCCUCAAGACGCCACCUGGCGAUGAUCGAAUCAUCGACUCGGACGAUGAGAAUGAAGAUGCCGAAGCACCUUUUAUUCAGAAACUAUUCGGCAUUUUAAGAAUUUAUUACACGUUAAUCGAGAUUGUUAAGCGCGUGACUCUCGGGAUACUCGCAGGGGCAUACUCGGGAAUUUGGUCCUCACGAACCCCGACAAUUACUCUACUCUGCAUGACUUCGUUUCAACUCUUCUUCAUAGUUCUCAAGAAGCCAUUCAUCAAGAAAAAAGUCCAAUUAGUCGAGAUAAUAUCGAUUUCGUGCCAAGUUUCCAUUUUUGCGCUUUUCGCCGUGUUCUUUGAUCGAGAGUUCUCGCCGGAAAACGAGAGGAGGCUCGGGAUUUCAAUGCUGCUCGUUUUUUUGUUAUCUUUUUUAGCAGAAAUGGCAAACGAAUGGGUAGCAUUGUACGUGCAGAUCAAGCGUUUGGAUCCCGUGACAAAUUCUUUCUUGCAUGGGAUGAAAACGGGUUUUGUCGGGCUCGUUUUGUUCGUGGGCCCACGUGGGUUGACCAAAAAGUUGACUACACGGUUCCCGAUAAGCAACGAGACGGGACGAAAUGUGAGCGUAAACAGCAGGGUCUCGGGCGAGAGGCCAUGGCUGAGGCAAAUACGUGAGCUGGCGAGGUCUAGCUUAAGUAAAGAUGGGAAUAAUAAAACGAGCCUAAGCGAACCCUCGACGAGCAAGUCGAGAGGGAGCGGUUUUUGGAAGAGUAAGAGGAGCGGGAGCUCGUCUGCAUCGACGUCGACCGAUUUUAAGGCGAAGCCGAAAGGGACACUGGGCCGAAAAGCAGUUCGAAACAAAAUCAGCCCAAGAUCUGUGCAAUCCUUAACGAGGUCGAGGACACUAAGCUCAGCCCAGAAGAGAGAAGAUAUAGAAAUGGCUCUUGCGAAGGCCAAGCAGAUUGUCUCGUCAAACCCUGUUGUGGUUUUCAGCAAAACAUACUGUGGAUAUUGCGGUAGGGUGAAAAAGCUUCUAUCCCAACUGAAAGCUACUUACAAAAUUAUCGAACUUGAUGAGGAAAGUGACGGUGAUGAAAUUCAGACGGCUCUUGCAGAGUGGACGGGGCAGAGGACUGUCCCAAAUGUGUUCAUCAAUGGCAAACACAUUGGUGGCUCUGAUGUUGUAGCUGCAAAACACGAACGAGGCGAGCUUGUUCCGUUGCUUACUGAAGCUGGUGCGGUACCGAAAUAA